CUUCAGUCCAAGUGUACGCUAUUCGACCUGCUUCUGAGCUACGUUCCGGCAGAUCCCAGGGGCAGAUCAAGACCUCACACGGUACGAGCAAACAGAUAUGCCAGAAAGACAGCAUAGAUCUCUCCAUCUGUCCAUCCAUCCGCCCAUGUGGUCCUUGGUGUGGUCCAGGUGCAACUUUGAAACGAGAGUAUGGCGUCAUCGGUCGCUGGCAGCGUCAACCUUGGCCGAGAUCCACUUGUGCCUGGGAGACUGGAGCGUAAGAGCCGGUCAUGUCCAUCAUUUUUUUUUUCCAUCUCUCUGUCUGUUUCAGUCCCGGUAGGCACCUUUGUUUGGUGGAAGAGGGGCCACGGCCCGUGGCAGCUGGGAGUGCGUGUGGACCUGCAGAUGGAGAUCGAGCUCGGUAAAUACCUCAAGAAAAGGGAAAACAUGCAUGGCUGGUUGCUGCAUCCAUGGUCAGGGUUCCUGACGAACGAGCGAGCCAUCGCCGAGCUCCGCGGCGACCGAGCCAGGGUCAAAGAAGGCCACGUUUGCAUCUGGAGCGUCGCCGAGGGGCAGUACGCCAUUUGCACGCCCACCAACAUCCAGGUAUGAGAGCCGGUGUCUGCGAAGCUGCCGAAACAUCGAUUCCGCCUGCUGUUUUUUCGAUAUCUGCAGCCCUACGACUACGGCGAUGAGGACGGCGACUAUCGCGUAUUGCAAGCAAAGAGGCGUGUGUGUGGCGCAGUGUGUGAUGCAAUGUAUGUGUGUCCUUUUUGCAGCACUACGCCACGUCCAACAAGAACAUCAGGGCCUUGGGCGCCGUGCAGUGGCUCAAGCUGAUGCGCACAGACGACACGGCAUCCACACAGACGCGUACGCCACGCACGAACCUACAGUCAUUACAAAGACCGUGACUCAACCAUCUUUCCGACGAUUGCUUUUUGGAUCAGUGCCCUCAGGCCUUCAGGUGCUGGAUACGUACUGCGACGAGCACGCCUACAUCAAUGGAGUCCUGGACGGCACGGUCGAGCCCCCACCGCCCAGAAUCGCCCACGAAGAGGCCGAGCAGGUGGCCACAAGUAAGAGGAGGAGGGCGGCGGUUCCCAAGGGGCAGAGCAAGAGACGCCGGAGGGCCCUGGGGCCAAUCAAGGAUGAGGAGCAAGAUGAGGAAGAAGAGGCCGACAUCGAAGAUGAGCGCAUGGCUGGUACCGCUGCAGCAGGCCGACGCAACCGUCGGAGUCUUGAACCCUUGUGCUGCCGCCAUUCCCCACCAAGCUGCCGCCCAACAACGACCAGGGUGACAUCAAGGACGAGCCCAUGGACGCUGCGGCGGCAUUCUCGCCAGCAGGACAUCAGAGAGGGCGCAGAGGGGCCUGGGGGGCAUCCAAGGACGCCUCGCCCUUCUCUCCCUUGGCAUCGCCGCCAAGGGGUGCAGGCAGACGCCAGAGGGGAAGCCCUAUGGCGCUGCCGUCGUUUGGGGCGGGGAAGAGGCAGGACGAAGACGAUGCUGCCGCUGGGACUAAAGACGGAUUUGGCGGAGGGUUGGGUAUGAUGGACAUGGACUUCGCCAGACCCUCACGCAUCAGCACCGUAAGCCCAUCAGAUACCGCUGCUGCUUCACUUGUGGAGGCCCUGUUCCUGAUGUGGAUGUGUCUCUAUCAGACGAACGAGAGUCAAUGGGUGGAGUCCAUCAAAUACCUCAAGAUCGGAGGCGGCCAACUCAUGGAGUGGGCAAGAGAGAUGUGCCAUGCUCAUGCACGUGCAUCCCGCUAUAUUUUGCACUUCAGGAUGCUCCAUCAUCUGCGCCUCAAAGCCAUCUUCAUCCACGACACCCCCAACCAGCGAAUGCCCCGCCAGCCGCCCGACGGCUCUCGGCUUGGGGGAUACCUCAGGGAGAUGAGAAUGCAGCAGUUUGUGCCCAUCGCCGAGUCGACACCCGCCCUUCCAUCGCCACUCCCAUCGCACGGCGUCAAGGCGCUUGAGCGCUUGAUCGACGAUACAUGGACCGCGCCAAAGGGAUGGUGGAAGGGCUGUGUCGCCAGUACGUCUACCUGCUGUUCUCGUGCGUUGUGGUGCUACUCAAGAAGAGCCGCCAGGUGGCGUUUGGGAUGGGCGCGAGAAGAGGAGGUGAGCACAAGCACACUCGUGGGAGCCGGCUUUGAAUUUCCCCCUUUCUUUGCUCAGCGGCAUAUGACGAGCAGCCAGCAGCAGCAGCAGCAGCAGCGGCCGGUGCGGCUGAGCAGGAAACGCGGCUGCCAGAGGGGACCUCGCUGUACCUCUGGGCCUCGUGCGGGCUCAGCGUCACCGGACGAGACACUAUCAGGAAGUCGCUCAGCCUGAGAGAGAUCGCAGCACUGCCCCCGUCACAGGCCGACAUUCAGGGUAUGGGUGUGUACAGCGAGAUGCGAUCUGCCUUCCCCCUGGAUGAACUGAGCAAAGCUGAGGCAGGAAUGUUUGUCCGGAGUGUAUGGGUCUUGUGUGUGUUCAGAGUGUCGCUGCAGGGCUCGGUCGUGCCUGGAGGAUUUCAUGUCAAUCCUCUCCAGCCUCCAGCGGGACAUGGACUCGACCGCCCUCUUCAGCAACGCACCCGACAUGCCAGACCUCGCAGAGGCAGUACGCAAGCGCUGUUCUUUUGCCCUCUGUAUUUGUCACAUCCACAUGAUACUUUCUGCAGGAGAUGUCGCCCCUGCUUUGGUCGCGCAUCUCGACGCUCAAGCAGCUGAUCGACAGCGCCCACAAGUUGCGCUACGAGAGGGACGCACCACAAGCUUGGGAGGAGCAGCCAUCGGCGGCAGCAGCGGCUGGUGGGGCUGAUGAGGAGAUGGAGGGGGGCGACGAGGACAUCUCACGCCACGCCAUCCGCCACGCCACGGGCGGCAGUGAGGAGUCAUCAGGAGCGACGGCAGCACUGGCAGGGGCGCUGGCACUCUUUGGAGCCGGCUGAGCGUAGUUGCAAGGGUGCGGCAUUGCACACACACAGAGUGCCUGUAUGAGGACGUACUCAUACGUACGUAUGAAUGAAUUGAGGUUGGUCGUACACGUGUGGCUCGCAAAGCGGGUCCAUGCCAUGUGCUGUUCAGUCCAUUUUUGAAUGUACUCGUUUGUACAUGUGGCGUCUAUGUAUCCCUAAGCUUGCAAGCUUGGAUGGGCCAUGUAUAAUUACAUUUUGUGAUGGAUAGAUGGAGGUCAGACGGACAUAUGGCUGCUUCCACAAUUCGUAUCAAG